AUGGCCGGUCUGCUAUGGAUAUGUUUACUGGCGUCUUUAUACGUCGUUUUAAGUUCGUAUAAGGUUCUCAGAUGGUUGCGUCAUCAACUUUACGUGUUUUGCAAGUUGGCAGAAAUCCCAGGGCCGGAAGGCCAGCCAUUGCUGGGAAUUGCCCACAAGAUCAGCCCUGACAGUGUCUGUAAGCGCUUUUAUAGGUUUUUGUUUGCAUAUACGAAUGUUGUCUCUGAAGCGUAUCUAAUGUUUUAGUGUCAACAUACCAGAUGGAGUACUUUUUUCGGAUUUUUACCAACGCCAAGGAUGCCGAGGGCAUUCUUAAGUUUUAUCUUGGCCCCAAGCCGGUCGUUGUGCUUUACAGAGCCGAGACGAUUAAGGUGAGAAAGCAAGAAUUGAAAAUAGAAAUGGCGCAACGUAUUAGUCUGUCGGGAAAAUAAUGAGUACAAAAUCACUGCGCCUAUAGCGUCGCUGAAGUGAAAGAAAAAUUUGAUUGUGCCGCGACGCAAGUCAUUUCUGUGCGAUCUUGGAUGAUACAGAAUACUCAUUAUUUUACCGACAGGCUCAUAUCGAUGGAUAAUAUCAGUUUCAAUAGGCUAGGACUGUUUUACUGUAUUCCAGCCGCUUAUGGAAAAUCCUGCAAUCAUCUCCAAAACCCACGAAUACGAUUACAUCAAAGAUUGGCUGGGUGAGGGCUUGUUGACAAGGUAAAUACUGUGAUGCAUUUACCUAAUGUCUUUACUUCCGCUUUCUAGUACAAACGAAAAAUGGCGACAUCGACGGAAAAUUAUAACCCCGGCUUUUCACUUUGCAUCAUUAAUCACUUUCAUCAAAUGUUUUAAUAGGCAAGGGGAUGUAAGUUUGCCACACUUGACUUAAAAAGGCGUGGAAAUCCAGAUACUCAUGCAAAACCUCACAAAGCACGCAGAAGAUGGAUACCCUUUCGAUGCCUACAAGUACUUCAAGGCGCUCGCGUUGGAUGUGAUUUGUGGUUAGUUGCAAAUUAACUCAAAUUUGCUGUAAUUCCAUGGUUUCAGAAGCCGCGAUGGGUGUUAACGUCUCGUCACAAACUGGAGAAAAUGCUGUGUACGUAAAGUCGGUGAAGACGCUUUGCGAGCUCCUCUGGCUUCGAAUCCGCUCUCCGUGGCUCUGGCCGAAGCUCCUGUGGUACGCCACAGGCUACGGUGUGGAGUUUGAUAGAGCGCGGAGGAUUGUAACAGACUUCACCAAAAAGGUCAGUCGCUCUUGAUUUCUUAAUAUUGUGAAGUUUACACAAAGGGCACUUGCAGGUUCCGUGUUGAAAUUACUUCCAUAAACAAAAGGCGAGAAAUGUUUUGUAGUUAGAAAGUACAAUAGCGUCUUACUACAUAGUAAAGGUCAAUGAGUAAUGAACUAGUAGUCUGGUUUAAAACUGAUAUGUCGGUGUAUCAAACUUCAGGUGAUUGCGGAGCGCAAGGCGCAGAGAGCCCAAUCUCCAAAGAUCGAAAAUAACAACGACAAUGAUCCCAAUAAACGCACUUGUUUUCUUGACAUUCUACUCCAAAUGCAAGACGAGUUCAAACUGACGGAUGAGGACAUUCGUGAAGAAGUUGACACCUUCAUGUUCGAAGGCCAUGACACUGUGUCCAAUUGCAUUUCCUUUUUCAUUAUGAAUAUCGCUGACCGGGAAGAUAUUCAAGCGAGAAUUCGGGAUGAACUGGAUGAGAUUUUCGGUAGGAAAUCGCGUGCGAGUGAUGUUUGGUUUUAGAGGAAGAUGAUCGAGACAGACGGGUGUCUCAUGCUGAUAUUUUGCGAAUGAAUUAUUUGGAGAAGUGCAUAAAGGAGACGAUGAGAAUGUUCCCGCUGGUACCGAUGAUUGGACGUACAGCCAGUGAGGAAAUUAAAAUUAGUGAGUAAAAGUUAAAACUAGGGCAUUUUUGGUACAUAUGGCCUAAUAUUGACUUCGACCUCCUCCGAAAUUUGUUUGUCAUAUAGGUAGAUAAUAGAUGCCGAAUUUUAUGAUACCGCGGUUCCACUGUAAUGUUGCCAACUUUGCAGAAGGUUACACAAUCCCAGAAGGUGUUACAGUAAUGGUUGCGCCAUUUGCCGCACAUCGAGAUCCCAACGCAAGUCGCUUUUCCGAGUUUACGAUAAUUUUUGUAGUACUUUCACAACCCCGACUACUUCGAUCCCUCUCAUUUUGAUGAAGAGAAUGUCGCUAGCCGCUCGCCGUUCACUUAUAUCCCGUUUUCAGCGGGAUAUCGCAACUGCAUAGGCAAGUCGCGGACUACUAACGUAAUAGGGAGGUAAACGGUUGGGCUAACGUUUUCCUUUCAGGCCAAAGAUUCGCCAUGAUGCAGCUGAAAGUUGUCUUGUCGAAAAUCUUCUCUCGGUUCCGGGUAAUCGGCGCAAAACAUCAAAUUGAAAAUCGAGGACUCACUGAGCUUGUGCUGAAGCCAAAUAAAGGGUGCUGGAUAAGAUUGGAAGAGAGAAAACAAAUAAGUAUUCAUUGA